UGGAAGUUUACGGUAUCAAAUACCAACUUCAUACGGGCUCAACAAAAACACUGGGUGAUUCAGACAGUUCCCACGCCACUGUUCGAUUUGAUUUCUGUUAUCAAAUGCAAACGGUAAGCAUUCCGAAAGGUUUUGAGCACAAUCCUUUGGCGACUAAGAGUUGUAAAUUCAUUUGGUGACUUUAUACCAAGAUGUUUAUUUCCACGCUAACAUUCACAGUGCUUUGGGUCGUUGCUCUGGCAACAGCCCAAACCACACCCACUUCAACGAUGUCAGAACCACCAAUGGAUGAAUGGUACCCCUUCAAGAAUCCAGGAGAGAUCCUCCCAGAUGGGGCAUUAACGAUACCUUACAUCCUGAACGUUGUAGGUGGGUUCUGGACACAGUAUCGUCUGAUAGACUCCUACGUUUACCUCUGCUCCGCAGUGCUUCCAGAGUUGGAAGAGAGAAUCCCGGAAAUAGGCAAUAUGAGUGGUAUGUGGAAACCAGUUUGUGAGGAGGUCAUCUCUGCGAGGAACAACGAGGAUGGAUUCAAUGCCAAAGAAUUUUGCCAUGCUCUUGUGGCUUUGGGAAUGGGCGUCCUAACAGCAGAAUCCAACAUGACCGCUUGGAAUGGCUCUGGAGAUAUGUCAGGCAUGCCCGGAAUGGGCAUGAUGGACAUGCCAUCAGGGGACACCAUGACGCCUGGCCCUGGUGGGAACCCCGAGGAUCUAUCCAUGCUGUUCUCACCCCUGCUUGAAUCAGCUGCCAGCGUUGCCCAGGAGCUCUAUGGAAUCAAUAUCAGCAAUCCUAUGACAAUAUGCCCUCAAGCUCACCACUUCCUAGAGCCAUCUUUGCCGAAAUUGAUCUACGAUUUCGAGACGAAGAUGUUGAGCAAUAUGUUGACUUCGGGAGAAUUCGGGUGUGAUAUUGUGGACGAGAUACUAGGAGAUGUAGGGAUUAAUUCCACCUCACCCCUAUAUCCGAUUGCCCAGGAGAUUGAAGCACUUGUUUAUGAAGCCUUGGGAUUCGAUAGCAAGCAGGAGCUCUGUGAAGAAAUCACCAAAGCAUUGGCGAAUUCAGAAGCUGAAGACCUGGCAACAGAAAUCGUUAACCAUCUCUUUUUAAUCCUAACCGACGAGGAUGAGUGUAGGACUAUCGCCCAUGGCGUCGUAGACAUCAUCAAUGACGUCAUAAUGAUGAUGACCCCAAUGGAUAACUCGACAGACAUUCCUUGGUCUAUAACCGAUGAUGUCAUCUACCAGUAUACCGGAUUCAUGAGCAUCGAGGAGAUAUGUGAAAAUGUUGAUAAGAACUUCUCUGGAUGUCACUCAAAAGGUUUCGACCGAGAUGCGUGUAACAUCUGUUCCCUGUCAACGGAAGAUGGCGCCCCAUCAUUUCUCUCAUCCGAUCGCAGAGACUGUGACAUGAAGUGUCCCUUAGGUUUCACAGAAGGUUUUUUAAAAAGGCAUGAAAAAGAAAUGUACUUUGCGAAAAAGGGGGCUUUCAUGGGUCGAUUUUCAUCCUUUCUAGAUAUAGACUUCGGAGCAAUGGAAAACGAAUGUGGCUUCUGCGUCCUCGGUGUUACAGGGUUGGAUAUGAAUGAAGGUUUGAAUGAAUGCAACGAAUGCGGAGAAGAUACAUCAUGCAUAGGCUGUGACGGAGAACCAAACAGUGGAGCUGUUUUUGACAACUGUGAUGUCUGUGCGGGGAAUCAUACUAACUGCACGAUUAUUGUGACCAUAGAGCCGUCGGCUAUACCUGAAAACACGGAUUACAACAUAACGGUGCAUGGAGCCGGGUUUCACCAAGACCCGACACCCGUUUGUCUGUACACCCGGAUAUCCGACUCCGUGGAAUUUAAUGAAACCAUGACGGUUAUGGACCCAUCGAUGGGAUACUGUCGGGCUAACUUAGAGCGUGGUUCAUACUCUUUCACUGUGUUGUUCAAUACUACGCCUGUAAUGCAUGGGGAUAACCUGAAAGUAUUUACACCAAUAACAGUUGAUAACGUUUCUGAGGAUGUUUUUCUUCUCGGCUCGACGCCAAAUUAUGUACUAAGAUUCACGGCUGAGGAUGGAUUAGACUUUACACAAGCAAAAGCCUUAGAUCUCGUUCCUUAUCUUGUCUUUCUGUACGAUGAUGAAGAUAUGGCGCCUGCGAUGGGAUUCUUUGAAGGUGACACGACUUUGACCUUUAACCUUGAAGCCCCAUCUGAAUCGGUCCAGGUAAUGGUUGCUCCAUCGUUCAAUGGGAUUGACCUACUGCCUACCACCGGGACCGGAUACUACGCCAUCACUUUCUACGAUCCCCCUCCUCAGCUUGACAUGGCUACGCUUUCUUUCAAACCAACAGGAAACAUCCUCGUUCUCGAGUUCCCAACGGAAGUCUCGAUCAAAGACAACAUCCUACCCGAUUGCGAUGCCAUCUUCGUAGCAACGGUUGAAGAAGAGGGCGAAAAUGGGGCGAUGCCCACUGACAUUGCUGGGAGCAGAAACCUUCUGGGAGAGGGGAGCCGAUGCUACCUGACCAGGAACCAUAAGAUGCUGGAAAUCAUGCUUGGCCAAGGAGAUAAUCUCAUCGAACCAGUGUUACAACUUUUAAUAAUAUCUUUCGCUGAUCCAGGUGAGACUCUCACCGUCCGUGAGGGCGUCAUAUACGGCAUCGGCGAGUACCCGAGCGCAGCGGAGGAGACCGACAUCACCGUAUCAGAGGGGAAUUCUAGUCUAGUGGGCGUGGUUCUUCGUGGCGCCAAGACGGUCAGUAGCUGCGGGAAUGUCUUUAUAUCUGCCCGGGAAACCAUCGGCGGUGCCAGCAGGAGCUUCACGUACAUGUGGACGGUUAGUCCAGCAGAUAGUGAUAAUCUGACCGAGGCCGUAAAUGGCAUAACAACUUCUGAGCUGGACAUUGACAGCCAUCUCCUGACUGAGGAUGUGGUCUAUACUUUCACUGCCUUCGCCACCAAUUUCUUGGGUGGAACUGGUGUCGGGACUUUUGAUGUGGUCCGUACUCCCGACAUGGUCCCGGACAUAACGAUCGUACCAAGUGCCAUUACACCAAGGAGGGUCAUGCUGUCAGAAAGCUUCUAUCUUCACGCCCAAGUCACAUUUUACGCUGACUGCGAAGGCGCUGAACCUCAAGAAAUAGAUUAUAUGUGGAGUGUAGAUCAUGAUGACGUCAUAUUGGAUGAGACGACGAAGAACUCCCGAUCCCUCUACGUACCAGCCUUCUCUCUUCCAGCUGACACUUCCAUCACCUUUGCUGUGGCAAUUCAAGGCGUAAAUGGCACUGCCGGUCCGAAUAGUGACAUAACAAUCACAACGCAUUCGUCCGAUCCUGUGGCGGUGAUCGUCGGUGGACGGGAGAGGGAUAUCGGUAUCGGCAGUGGGAUGGUGGUGCUGGACGGCUCCGCAUCACGUGACCCAGAUCACAGUGGUAACGAUCACUUAGAGUUCACAUGGAGAUGUGUUCAGAUUCCAGAGAACAUCCUCUGUGUAUCAAACGAGGACGGGUCGUUCUUCCCUGCUCUCGAGCAGGUAGAAUCACCUUCUGUCUCGUUCAAUGCAUCCCAUAUGGCCGCUGGGAAGAGAUACGAGAUCACGCUCAUGGUCUCCACCAUGUACAAAGAGAGUCCUUGGACGAGUGCCUUUGUGUAUGCUAUGCCAGGCAACCCUCCUCAGGUCUUGGUGUCUAGACCUGGAGAUUGUCCUGUACUUGCAACAAAACCUGUAGCCUUGACGGCCCACGUUAUCCACACCGGACAAGUAAAUAUCACAUGGAGGAUCAUUGGUGAAGUUGUCGCGAUGGAUGACACGGACUUCACGAAAUAUGCGAACAACAGAGUUCUUGAUGGGUCAACCUGGUCUGUGGUCCACAUCGAGUCAGAUGUUCUGCGACCAGGAGAAAAGUAUGUCAUCGUAGUCACGGCAACUGAUAAACUUAAUCAGAGCGCAUCUAGCCAGAUGGAACUGGUUGCAGCUAAUGGUGUCUCGUCGUGCCAACUCCAUCUUAAAACAGGAUAUAAUUACACAGAGCUUGAUGAGAUCUCAUUUACGAUUGACCAUUGUGUGACCGAUGAUGGCGCCUAUCCUCUGUCCUAUCAAUUACUAGCUGCUGAUGAAGACGGCAAUGAGAGGUCAUUGACCCCUGCAGGAGUUCUGCCCGUCAUAGACAUAGUGGGACCACCAGCGCAUGGGCAGCACACCAGCAAAACGUUCGUCGCCAAUGUGUGUAACUCGCAUGGUAGCUGUACCUGUUUUAGUCUGGAUGUAUCUGUCGAGAUGAAAACAGAUCUAGAUUCAGAGGCUGUGAAGGAUCUCAUAGUUUCUCAAGAAACCUUAAAAGGUAAUUACCUGAAGGCCUUCACCAAUCUCAACGCAUUGAUUUACGUCGAAGACCGACUAGAUUCGGACGAGUCGCAAGGAAAUCGGCGUCGUCGAGCUACCGAGACCAGUCCUCGUGCUACUGAUCAAUUGAUGCUACUUCAUAAUGCUAUAACGACAUCAGUUCUUGAUAAGUCAAUGGCUAGCACCCUGAUUGAUGCUUGUGAAGCCAUCACCGUCGAUGAGCUUUCACCAAAUGAUACAGAAAAUUUCUUGUGGAAGCUAGAAUCUUUGGUUUCGGUAUUUGGUUGCGAUGAAGAGAUCCCUCCAUACAGCGUAUCGGUUGUGUUGUCAAUCGUCCAGCAAAUUAUCUCUAUGACGGAUAACAAUGAAACAAUAAAGAAGUGCAGGAAAUUAACGAUGAGUUUGACCAAAGCCAAAUUUGGAGGACUUACCUUUGGAGGUGCCCCUGUAGAGACAUCUUCAUCCACAGUUAUGUCUACCGUCUACUAUGAUAUCCCACAGGGACAAUUCUUGACAAAGACGGGAGAGGGCGCUUUCCACGUUGAUUUUGGAAAUGACAUAGCUGACAUGUACGGAGGCUACUGGAACUGUUGGAGAGGAUUGUGCUUAGGGGUUAAUAUUCAAUUUGAUCACUUUUCUCAAAACAUCGACCCUUAUUCAUCAGAAGAUGAUGACAGUGAUAACAGGGCAUCCGCCAUCUUGAAAAUUGCCCUCUAUGACCCAUCGAGUUGUGAAGAACUAAUGGUGGACUCCUUGAGUGACCCGAUCCAUAUCAACAUGUCGGUGACAGGAGUCAAGAGAAACCACCGAUUGAAAUGCCAUAUCUGGGACGAGGAUGAGAAAGAAUGGACCGAUGAGGGCGUAGAGACGGAGAAGCUUGAUCACGUGAAGGUUGGGUGUAUGGUCCCACGUACCGGCACCUGUGUUGUCUUGGCUAUACCCCGUGGAGGGGCCAGCACCGUCGUGAUCAUCCUCGUGAGCAUCAUCGCAGUCCUGCUCGCCCUAACCCUCAUCGUCGCCCUCGUCAUCUUCAUCAUGAAGAAGAGGAAGAAGGCCAAAGGAGAGGGUAAUGUCGCCACCAACGACAGAAGUUCGGCAGUGGCAACGGCUAUGACGUCAGACGGUAAACAAAUGGACGGUUCGCAGGAGGCUUCAACAGAGUAUGCAUAUGAUUUCAACAUGCAGAACAUGGCUGCGUCCAAGGUCAAUUGCUAAAGAGUGAUUUCAUCUUUGGGGAUACCCUACUUCAUCUGUGAAUCAAUUGUUUUUAUUUAUUCAUUAAUGCUAUAAUAUUCUACAUUUCAUUUUCUUAAUGAAUAUUG